UGGCUUUGCUCUAGAACGUCUAUUUGUGCUGACAGUCUUAUUAUAUACAGACGUUAACAUUUUACUGUUUGGUGUUUCAACUGACCACCAUGGCACUCUCUUACAGAAUGUCCUGGAUUUGUAUCCUGUUUGGAAGCUUCACAAGUUUUGCAGACCCACCAAAAAAGGGCUACAAAAGUGAAGCUGAUGACAAUUGGUGGCUGCCUUCUGAAGUCCCAUCGAACACUGGCAGUUCCUCUGACUCUGCAUUCACUAGCUAUCAUGCUGGAGGAGGACGAGUGCAGCAGAGACCAGUAAAAGGCCAGCAACAACCUAACCACCCACGCUUCUACAACUCCUUCAUGAACUUUGUUCAUUCCAACGCCCCUGGUUUGUUUUCCAGCAACCCACCAACCAAACAUUCAAAACCAGACAAGGGCAACUUUCUCCAUGCGCCACAACGGGUAACUCAAAUGCAGCGCCCUGGCAGUCAGGAGUCUCAACUCUAUCCACCCAUCUACGUAAAAAAGACUCAGCAUAAUUAUCAGCGUGGGAAAGUGUCCUUCUCCAAAACCCGUUACUCAUCUCAAGCAUUCCACAGCAAGGAUGAGGCUUCAGAUGAAUACAUGGUUCCACCUUGGUCUGUACAUGGACCACAACCUCCAAGUCAUGCCUGGUUUAGCUCUGACCUAUCUGACGAAACCAAAGACCAGCCAGUUGGUUGGGUAAGUUAUUAUAAGAUGAGACCUUACUGAGGUACUGUGCAUAUACUCUGCAUCUGUCAUGCUAGUUUUCCUUGAGGAUUGAUUCUGUUAGACUAUUCUAUGGGAGUAGCAUAUUCCACUUUGUGAACCAUUGAAAUAAAACU